GUAGAGCGAUCCACUUUAGCACGCAAGGCUCCAGCAACAAGUCUCAACAGGCUAGAAAGUGGCUUCUUCAAUGGCUUCUGCACCAUCCCUCUCCACCGCGCAGCCUCCCACGGCGGUCUCGCUCCGCAAUCGCUGCACUCUCCCUCCUCUUCCUUCCCACAGAAUUCGGCCUUCGUCCUCCUCCUCUUCUCUCUCUUCCAGGCUCCCGACCCUGCGCUCCGUCCCGAUCGUCUCGCGAUGCGCCGUCAGAGCCGCCCUCUCGACCGUGGACCGCUCGGCGACGCCCGUCGAGAGCGGGGACAAGAAGCUCCUCCUCGAGGUCAAGGACUUGACGGCCGUGGUUGCCGAGACGGGGCAGGAGAUUCUCAAAAGCGUUAACCUCGCCAUCUACGAGGGGGAGGUCCAUGCGGUAAUGGGGAAGAAUGGUUCUGGGAAGAGCACAUUUGCAAAGGUUCUUGUUGGGCAUCCAGAUUAUGAAGUAACUGGCGGCAGUAUGAUGUACAGAGGUGAGAAUUUGCUUGACAUGGAACCCGAGGAGCGGUCACUUGCUGGGCUAUUUAUGAGCUUCCAGUCACCAGUUGAAAUACCCGGUGUCAGCAAUGCUGACUUUCUCAACAUGGCAUACAAUGCUCGAAGAAGAAAGCUUAAUCAGCCUGAGCUUAGUCCAAUUGAGUUUUGGGCUUAUGUAUAUCCAAAGCUUGAUCUUCUGAACAUGAAGGCAGACUUCCUGAACAGAAAUGUCAAUGAAGGUUUUAGUGGCGGAGAGAGAAAGCGCAACGAAAUUUUGCAACUUGCGGUUCUUGGGGCAGAAUUGUCUAUAUUGGAUGAAAUUGAUUCUGGGUUGGAUGUUGAUGCACUUCGAGAUGUGGCAAAAGCAGUAAAUGGAUUUUUGACUCCUAAGAAUUCUGUUCUGAUGAUCACUCAUUAUUUAAGACUCCUGGAGUUCAUAGAGCCUAGUUAUAUCCAUGUAAUGGAGAAUGGAAAGAUUGUCAAGACAGGUGACAUCUCCAUAGCUAAAACACUUGAAAAAGAGGGCUUCAAGGCAAUAUCUGAGAUGUAACUGCGUAUCAGAUGUUUUAUUGAUCUACUGGAUCUACAGCUUAAGAAGAUUUGACUUUUUAUGACAAGGGAGGAGAACAGUGCAAUUGCAGAGACUUUCGUCAUUGCUCCAAGCUUCCUUAGAUAUGCUGUAUGUGAUGGCCAGCUUUAACUUCUGAAAAUUUCAACUUAUCAAUCAAUUUGACAGGUUUUGCCAUGAUUCGAGUUUCUCAAAGUAACCUCCCUGGUAGUGAAGGAUAGGUGUCCUGCCCAUGCAGAGGUGUAAAAUAUGUACUGUUGCUGAUUUGCAUUAUGAAUGGUUUGGUUGAUGUAGAUUCUUUAAAUAAUUUCAGCAGCUUUGUCAUUUAUGGGAAUCUUUCAUUUCCUCUUCGAAUAGUGUAUGUGGGUGAGUUGACAGAAAGCAUGAAUGAUAUACCAGAAUUAGGAACUUCAGGGCCACGUUGAAAUGCACAUUGUGAAACACUGUGACCUGUUUACCUUUGUUCAGUAACCGACUCUAGUGCCAGUUCCGUGUGGUUGUGCUGACAUGAGGUAUUUAUUG